AUGGCAGAGAUUCUUCCAGCUGUGGGAGCCGUAGCUGGAGUUCUUCGCGUGACAUAUCAACUGAUUACCCUCGCCAUCGAGAGUGGCCAAGUCAGUGACGAAGUGCGCCGGAGCCUUGAGCUGGUCCGCACCUGCGAGCGAGACCUUCAACACCUUGUCGGGUUGCGCGAGGAAUAUCUGGAUAUCCUGGAGCGAAAGCCCAUAGAGCUUGAUCGCGUUAACACCAUCAUCAGGGCCGCACACCAAGGGCUCGCCGAAGUAUGCAAGAUUGUAGAGAAGUGCAGGCCAGAGGCAAACCAGGGCAGGAUACCCUUCAAGCGCCGGUCGCGGUGGAUUUUCCUUGACUCUACAGAUUUCUACACACAGAUACCUGUGGUCAGUGGCCACCAUCGCGCGGUGCUGAAUGAGAUAUCCUUUCUGCGGCAGAUCGCUCUCCAGGCUCCAGUUCCAGUGCCAGACCAAGUGCAGAGCGAGAAGGUCGGAUUGUCGCGAAAGAAAUCCGUUGGUAUCGACAAUAUUGCUCUCCUUGGCAAUAUCAUGGGCGGCAAAGCUGCCAGGAGAUACUCAACCCAGGGAAAUCGAGACAUGGUACCGGAUUCUGCUCCUAACGAGAAUAAUGCGCAGCCUGGCCAGCCUUUCCACUCGUCUGCGCCACCGCCAUACAGGGCUGCUGAUAAUGUCCAAAGCUCUACUAGCCAGCGAUCUUGGACUUCAACGCCAGAGGCAAGUGAUACACGGUUUGAUCAAGGAAGCCGCCAGGAGAUGCGAUAUAGCCAACAGAGAUAUCUCAACUCUGCCGAUAUCCAGGCGACCAGACGCACUCCGAGCACACUACAUGACACAUUUUGGCACACUCCUCUCCGAGGAUCUUCAGGCCUUGAUUCAGAUCCUCUUUAUCAACCCAGGUCCUCUUAUCCGGUAUCACCGCCAUGUGAAGAUCAGUAUAACAUAACAGAAUUACAAGCAAUGCCGCAAACGUUACACCUUGAUUCUCUUGGGUCACGGUCUCCAUACCAACGUCGCGGAAUGUCUUCAUUUCCUCAGUAUUUCAACGCAACUUGCCAAGAAAAUGCUUUAACGUCCAGCUUUUCAGGGAACGAAAUAGAGAGUUUAUCUCCUCCGGUUUUACAAGCUCAACUACUGGGUCCUCCAAGGCUCCCUCCAAGGGGAUCUCCGGAAGGAUAA